AUGUUAUUAUCUCUAUUGGUGUUUGGCAGCUGUGUCGUGAUAGCUGCCAGUGGGCACUCUCCAAACGCUUACUAUAUCGAGGAGUCGAUCAAAAAUAAUGCACUUGGCAGUCGCAUUUCCACGAAUAUUACAGAAGAUGCGUUACUUGCUCUGCCAGAUUUGGUAAGAAAAUAUGAAUACCCUUUCGAAGAACAUUUUGUGACCACUGAAGAUGGCUAUGUAUUGGCCGUGCACCGAAUACCGCAUGGCCGUAAUGCGAACGUCUUGUCUGGUGACAAACCGGUUGUAUUUCUUAUGCAUGGUUUGCUAUCUUCUUCAGGUGAAAAUAUCAUCAUGGGUCCGGAAUCUGGCUUGGCAUAUAUCUUAGCAGAGGAGGGUUUUGAUGUAUGGUUGGGUAAUGCUCGUGGAAAUUAUUUUUCACGCAGGCACGUAAGCUUAAAUCCAGAUGCACGUUUCAAUUCAACAUUUUGGGAUUUCUCUUGGGAUGAAAUAGGAAAUUUUGACUUACCUGCGAUGAUUGAUUACGUACUUGAAUACACCGGAAGAUCGCGUUUGCAUUAUAUAGGAUUUUCUCAAGGCACUACGUCUUUCUUUGUGAUGGGCUCACUUCGACCAAAAUAUAACGAGAAGAUCAUAUCAAUGCACGCUUUGGCGCCUGUCGCAUAUAUGGCUCAUAAUAAGAAUCGCGUAUUUUUGGCACUUGCACCCCACGCCAAUGAGAUAAUGACAUUGUCUUCAUUGUUAGGGAUUAAAGAAUUUCUUCCUUAUAAUGAAAUUUAUACGAAGCUGGGUCUGGAGUACUGCUCGGACGGAAGUAAAUUUCAGCCUAUUUGCAGUGAAUUUCUUUUUUUAAUUGCUGGACGGAGUGUACAACAACAAAACGUUACCACGUUGCCACUCAUUACGGGACACUUUCCUGCUGGAGCUGCUCUGAAACAGCUCGCGCACUACGGACAGAGUAUUACUGGCAAAGAGUUCCUUCGCUAUGACUAUGGAGCACUAAGAAACUUAAUAAAGUAUGGCAGAGUUUCACCCCCAAAAUAUGAUCUUUCCAAAAUAUCGGCUCCUGUCUUUCUUUACUAUUCUCAAAGCGACCCAUUUGCUGCCGUAGAUGACGUAGAGAGACUGUAUAGAGAAUUGGGAAAUCCGAUCGGAAAGUACUUGGUAGAGGAUGAAAACUUUAGCCAUUUGGAUUUUAUUUGGGCAAUUCAUGCCAGGACCUUAGUACAUAACAAUGUAAUUGAACACAUGCGUAGUUUUGAUAUGAACGAAUUA